CUGGGUAGGAAGCUGGGCCAAGGAGGCUUCGGCGCUGUUUACGAGGCGGAAGAGCUGGCCACUGGAACGUUGAUGGCCUGCAAGAUCGUUCAGGCCCACCACGACCCUAUUAUGAGAGUAUACCAGCAGCGGGAGCUUGGUAUCUGGUACAAGGCAUGCCGGGGCGCACGGAACGUGGCCAUGAUCUACGACGCCGCGUAUAAUGCAAGGGACGGUACUGCAUAUAUCUAUAUGGAGCUCCUUCCGGGCGGCGACACCUGGAACUUGGGCGGCAAGAUCGUAUCCAACGGCGAUGUCAUGCAUCCACUGCUCCUUACCACUAUAGCCUACCAGACGGCCCUCGGGUUGGCCGAGAUCCACGGAAGGAAACUUCAGCAUCGCGACCUUAAGCCAGACAACAUACUGCUAACCAAGAAGAUCACGCCAGGGAUGAACAAAGCGCUAUGGGAAUUGGAGAGGAAGGGACGCCCUAGCAGUGCCCACAGGGACGACUUAGUCGAGGCGUAUAACAUUCUGCGCGAACCGCGGCUGGCCGUGCUAACCGACUUCGGCCUGGCGCACGACCAUGCGGCGCCCGCCGCAAACCACGGAAUAGCAACCAAGAUGGGCGGGUUCAGCGCCGCCUACAACGCGCCCGAAAUGGUAGAGGGCAAUAACGACCAGUCGCCGUGGGCUGAUGUCUUCAGCUUUGGGUUGUGCAUCUAUAUGCUGUCCACAAUGCGCUUCCUCAAGCACCAUUCCGAACGGGGCAAUCUUCCUAAGACAUAUUCAUCUGAUCUGCAGAGGCUGUACCUAGGCUGUACACAAGAGGACUGGGAGCGGCGUCCAAUAGCAAUUGAGGCCGCGAGUAAGCUGCAGGAGAUCCAGAAGGCCGAGAUGGCCAGCAUCGCCAAGUUGUAUACAGCGUGGAAGGCCAGUGAGAGAUCGGCACCAGCGGCGCAGGGCAGCAGCAGGCCAGUCGCAUCAUCGAGUCGCGGCGGCGGCGGCGGCGGAGGAAUGAGUGCCGAGCACAAGCGACUGAUCGCCGCGGAAAUGGCGCAGGUAGAGGUGGAGAGGAAGCGCGACGAUGCCAGGAGAGCGGCUGCUCGUGGCGGCGGUGGUGGUGCUCGUGGCGGUACUGGCGGCGUCACGGAAGCCAUGGGCCGGCUGCGUGUGGCGGACGACAGAAACACCCGAAACGCGGGCAAUACGCCCUAUUAUGGGGGUACUUCGCAGCAGCAAGGCACGAGACCCGCGGCGCGUCGACCGGAGGAUGCCUCAAGGAGAGUAGCACAAGGCCAAUCUACCCGAACCGGGGGCGGUGGGUCAUCCCGGGAUUACGAUGGCUACGACCGCUACCGGAGGUAAAAUGCACUGCCGCUUUGCAGCAAACAAGGAAGAUUCCUAACUCCUAGGUUAGGCGGCAGGGACGGAGACGGG